ACACGCCGGGGGCGCCGCAGUGUUCGUGGGAUGGGGCAGAGGGCUGCCGCUGGCGGCCGGAACCUGCACGCAGCCUGGGUGCGAGCUUUCUCCUGUUGUCCCGAGUCCCCGCUCCCGGGUGCCCUGUAUGAGUGACACCUCGGCCUGCCAUGGAACCUGGCCCUGCCCUGGCCUGGCUCCUGCUCCUGAGCCUGUUGGCUGAUUGUCUGAAAGCUGCACAGUCCCGAGACUUCACAGUGAAAGACAUUAUCUACCUCCACCCUUCAACCACACCAUAUCCUGGUGGAUUUAAGUGUUUCACCUGUGAAAAGGCAGCCGACAAUUAUGAGUGCAACCGAUGGGCUCCGGACAUCUACUGUCCUCGAGAGACCAGAUACUGCUACACUCAGCACACAAUGGAAGUCACGGGCAACAGCAUCUCUGUCACCAAACGCUGCGUCCCGCUGGAAGAGUGCCUGUCCACUGGCUGCAGGGACUCCGAGCAUGCCGGCCACAAGGUCUGCACUUCCUGUUGUGAAGGAAAUAUCUGUAACCUGCCACUCCCCCGAAAUGAAACUGAUGCCACAUUUGCCACCACGUCACCCAUAAAUCAGACAAAUGGGCAGCCACACUGCGUGUCAGUGAUAGUGUCCUGCCUGUGGGUGUGGCUGGGACUCACGUUAUAGCAGCUCAACGGCUCAAUGUGUAGUAACGCUCCUUGGGGAUCUCGAGGGCCCACAGUCUUGCAUGAGUCAUUGGCCUGCCAACAGUACACAUGUGAAACCACAGCACUCAAGGACGUCUUCCUGGCCAGCAUUCCCGCUUCCCAUGAGGAACGAGCAUUGCUUCAGUGUAGUCACUUCAAGUCCAAGGCCUCAUCAAAGCCAGCCUGCCCCUAAAAUAGAUUGAGUUCUAUACCACAAACCUUUGUUUUCAUUCCAAGAAAUAGUACUGCAUUUAUUGAGAUGUGGGCUCUUAACUUGGAAUCUGCAUGAGCCACAGGAGGUCUUGGGACCCUCUGAGAUGUUAUGCGACAUGAAUAGUUGUGAGUUUUCAAGAGAAAGUUAAAGGACCAUUGGUUUAAAUAUAAUCAUGAACUCACUUAUAGCUUUAGAUUUUAAAACUUUAAUUGCAAAAUGAAUGAACUGUUUCCUCGGAGAUCCCUACUGAGUCCCUAGAAAAGUAGUGAGCAAAUUGUCCAAUUUAAUUUUUCUAGCAUUCUUUCCCCAGUGGUGGGGAUCAUGUUCCCUCUGCUCUGUGUGGAAGAUAAAAAGGCAAUCAUAAAAGUUUGUUGUUGGGGAGAGGGGACUGGAGAAGGAUUUUUCCUAAUUUAUAGAACUGGCAUCUGUAAAGUGGCUAUUUGUCCCUUCCUCUAGUUGGGGAGAUUGGGCUUGAUUUGGCACCUUGUUGUUCUCCACGAGAUCCUGGUUCUACUUUGACCAAUGGGUGUUCAAGGAGUCCUGCAGUAGGAUGGGGUCAUCUCUUCCAGUCAUGGAGUUCUAUUCAGACAUAGCUGAUUUAGGCAGAGAGAGGACUUUAAAAUGAAAGGAAGGAGAAUGAACUAGGUUGGUCCUAGUUAAUUGUGAGAAUCCAGCCAGAUCUUCCUCCAUCAGCAAGUCAUGUUGCCCAAGAACCCUCUCUAUUCUUCCUCUUUCAAAUCCCCAGUGUCUUUAGGGGGAAGGUUCUACAUUAAAUUGUCUGGAGAUUAAUAGGGAAAGAAGACAUAAUAUUGUAGGGUGAAAAGUAGUAGACCAAUGGGGUGGUGGUGAGAAUAGUAAGGAGACCCAGUGGGAAGUUUUGAUUUCUUUUAGUUGGUUGCUUUUGAAGUAGACAGUAAAGAUUCCACCAUCCUUCCUAUAUUUUUGGCACCCCAAGUUACAAUUUUUUCUUCUUCCUUGUAAAUCAUUUAUACAAUAUUUAUUUUUGUAUGGCAUAACUAGAAACUAAAAUAUAUUGUAAAAGAUUCUUUAUUCUGAACAAAACGAUCAAAUCAGAAUACUUAUUUUUCAACAGUGGUAGAGCUUGUAAUAUAUGUGCGGUGAACAUUAUCUAUAAUACUUGCACCAGUGUUGAAAAAAGUUACUUCUGUUGUGAGCAAGAGUAAUGGGUUGGCUUCAAGGUUUUGCUCAUGGUUUCCUCAGUGGUUGUGACCAUCACUGGUAUGUGUUCCUCUGCAGGGUUAUGGGGCAUAAUUGCAUGAAAUUUGGUGGAGGCAUGGUGGAUGAAGAGGACAGUGAUGUCAGGGUCCAUCUGCUCUGCACAGGAAAAUAUCUCUGGCUCAUAAAAUGAGACCUCCUCAGGGACCAGAUAUGAACUGACAGUGGUAACUCUGAUACACAAUCAUCUAAAUUGCAUCAUAUGGCCUUAAAUCAGAGUUUGGCAGGCUUUUCAAUAAGUUGCUUAUAAUUGGGGUGGGGAAUUACAGGGAGAGAGAGCAAGACAUUUAUUAAGCACCUCUUAUGUGCCAGGCACUAUGCUAAGCACUUUACAUAAGUUAGAUCAUGUAACUCCUACAAGAACCAUAUAAGGAAAAUUACUGCUAUUUAUACUUUAUAGAUGAAGGUACCAAGGGUCUAAGAAGCUCAGUAACGUGAAGCCUUUUCCUUCUGAUUUAGGAUAUAUGGGAUGAGAUGGGAUUGAAGAGGGAGGGGAGGUAGAAUUACCACCCCUAGGAAAAUUUGCAGGCUUGACUUCAUGGGAAUUUGGCCAUUUUAUCACUCGGAGUUUGUCCAGUCCUGCCUCUGCAGGGUGCCAUUUGCAUGUGUUCCCAGAUGUUUUUCCUUUGGGGGGUGAAGGGAUGGUUUCCUCAUUCAUUCCUCUUGCUAAAAGAGGAGACAGGUUGAUUCUACACGUAAAGAUGCCAUAAGACAAUGAAAAUGGGAUGUUGUACAUAUCUACAAAUACAUUUUGUGCAUGGUCACUCUCCGCUGACACCUUUCACGUACUGCAUGAGAAUUCAAUAAGAGACAAAGUCCAAAUGUUGGUUCUUAAUGAGAAAAUAAACACUCUAAUGCCUCCCGGGCUGGUGUGCAGGGCGCAGGUCCACAAGGGCAUCAUCUGCUACCCAGGGGGAACAAUGUGGCUGUGUGCACCCUGUAUGCCUGGUCAGAAUGGCUGGUGUUUUAUUCUCUGAAAAGAAAGUGAUUUGCUUGCCAUCCCAGCCUCAAGGAGCCAAGGAAGGGUCGUUAAUGUGGAGGACCCAGGACUGGUCAUCCAUCUGACUUUUCUACCACAUUACACCUCCCGAUAAAUCCCACCACUGGUGAUGGCUUGAAGUGCAAAGAGCCAUGAAGUGUAUAUGAACUUAUGUGCCACUUAUUUAUUUUUAGACUCCCCACAGCAUUCAUGUCAAUAUGGGAUUAAUGCCUAAAUUUUGUAAAUAUUGUACAUUUUGUAAAUCAAUGAAUAAAGGUUUUAAGUGUA